CAAAAAGAAGAAAACAAUUCCCCACUCCAAAAAAAAAAAAAAUGCUACACGUUCUGUUCCUUUUCUCCCUUAUCCUUACUUCCACUCAUGUCCUUGCACAGGACUUUUGCGUUGCAAACCUGAAAGGAGUACAGACCCCGUCAGGUUAUUCGUGCAAAAUGGAAUCGAAAGUCACAAUCAAAGACUUCGUGUUUACGGGCCUAGGCGUGGAAGGAAACACCACGAACAUUAUCAAAGCUGCGGUGACCCCUGCAUUCGUGGGUCAAUUUCCAGGGUUGAAUGGGCUAGGCAUAUCUGCCGCACGGUUGGACCUGGCUCCAGGUGGUGUAGUCCCAAUGCACACUCACCCUGCUGCAACCGAGCUUUUGUACGUGGAGCACGGUCACAUUACUGCUGGCUUCAUUUCCUCAUCAGCUAAUACUGUUUUCUUGCAGACACUGAAAAAGGGAGAUAUUAUGGUUUUUCCGCAAGGGUUGUUUCAUUUUCAAAUAAAUUUUGGCAAAAGGCCAUCCCUUGCUAUUGUUAACUUCAACAGCCCGAAUCCUGGUCUCCAAAUCCUUGAUUUUGCUCUCUUUGCCAAUGAUUUGCCUUCGGACUUGGUGGAGAAAACCACAUUCCUUGAUGAUGCUCAAGUGAAGAAGCUUAAGGGUGUUCUUGGUGGUUCUGGCUAGGCAUAGCGAAGAACUGUUAAAUAUUUCAUUACUAUUUCAUGUAUUUGCUAUUGUUUUUUUUUUUUUUUUCAAAUUUCUAACGAUGUCAUUUUAUGGAAUUCGAUGUUGUGUUUUUCAAUUCAUGAUUCUCAAUUUUCAAUUCAUUAAAUA